GUGUGCAUGCACACGAAAGCUCAUACCAAAAUAAAAACUUAGUUGGUCUUUAAGGUGCUACUGAAGGAAUUUUUUUUAUUUUACUUCGAUCCAGACCAACACGGCUACCUACCUGUAACCAGUUUUAGCUUGUUCUACCUUUCCACCUCCACCAAUUCAGACCCACCUGUGUUGCUUGUGUAUAGUACACCACUGGUCUCUGGACUAGGGCAUUCCUCUGAAAUUGACAUUGCAUGAAAGAAAGCACAAGAGACCGUGUUGCCUUCCUAAGACUGAAAAUACACCAACAUUAGGAUAAAGCAGCAACUCUUUUUGCAAAAAACUGGACCUUUUAUCUUUAUCCAAGAGUGCUGUGGAGGUUUCUUCCUUGGAAGUGGCUGCAGUGAUUGUAAAAUGCCAAACCUCAGCUGCACUGAGGCAGGAUUCAUCUCCUUAAGGAUCUUUUUUGUAGUAAAUGUCUCCUUGGCAGGACAACUGAUUCCACACUUGGAGAUGCUAGUUUUGUAAUCAAGGUAAACACAGUGUGUAAUAAGCAGCUUUAUACUUCCCUGGUACUCUUUUGGUUCAGAGGAUUGCUAUGCCAGUUCAAAAUCUUCCCCUCUUUUAUGUUAUGGAUAUUGUUUUGAAGUGGCAUGAUUUGUUUUAUUUAGCCAAGAAACCAGUGUAAUUCUAUUGGUCCCACGUCAAUGACAUAAAGUCAUUUUAAAAGACACUUAAAUCAGUGAUGUGUGUCUGUGUGUUCUGCAUCUGUCAAAUAACUCAUGCUGCCUGUAUUAUGCAUUUUCAGUUGCUCAUUGUUUUUAUAUUCAUAGAGAGAACACACAUCUUUUUAAAGUGCUGUGAGCUGUCUUAACACUUUUCACAGAUAGGGCACAACUUUAGGAAAAUUGUGCAACCAGUUUUAAUUAGCUUUGCAAACAGAGGGUUUGAAACAUCCUAGGGUUUGUGUAAGUAUGGUUGGUGCUGGUUCAGGUGUAAGGAACCAGGGUUAUCUGAGGCAUACAGACUAGUGAUUUGGCAAAACUCUUCUGAUAUAUGGUACUGACUUUGGAAGCAGUAUGCCUGCACCUGAUUAUUAGAUUCACCAGUUUUCCACGAAGCACAGUGAAAGAUGCAGUGUCAACUGUGAGAAGUAAAGGAUGAGGGUUGUGGGACAGAACUGAAACACUUUACAGUAAAUGCUUUACUAUGCGGUGGGACCACCGAGUAAAACUGAAUAGUGUAACAGUUGGAUAAAUUUAGCAGUACAGUAUAGUGAAUCUAACUUGAGUUCUUGUGGUUAAAUACGUGGGUUGUUCAGUGUUCUGCAUUCGUAGUUUGAAUUCUGUUCUUCACAGUAUAGUUAGUUCUCUUCCAGAACAUUUUAACUAGUUUUUUACGUAUUCUUUUAUCAUUUGUUUUGGUGGUUUAUAUUCCAACCUCCGGUUUCAGUUUACAAAAAGUUAAAAUUACGGUACAACAAAACAUAUUGGAGCAAAAGCAUUAGAUGCCAUAUCAAUUUGUCUUUUUUCAAAUCCAAAUAAUAAAUGUUUGGGUGAUGCCACUGUUUACUUGUGCAUUAAACUUGCUGCAAUGGUGGUGAUGCUUUACCAAUUAAUUUAUUUGUAUGGGAACUAUCAUCUAACCUCAUUCUGAUGGAUGUACUAUGCCAGCAUUAUUGGAUGAGGCAGAGAGUGUAUGUGGAAUGCCUAUCCAGGCUCUCAGCAUUGAUAAUAACCUUAUAUCCUGUCACGGAUGGAUUGGUUGGUCCAAUAGGAUAAGAAUUUACAGUAGAAUAACCAUCUUCUAUGUUUUGAAAGACUACCCUCUUUCUCCAGACACAAGUCUGGUGAGGACUAGAUCAUUUCAGUUGCCCUAGUGAGUUGUUGAACUGUAUGUAUGUCAUUUGGCAGUAAAGGAGUUAGAGGUACAGAAAAGGACUGUGAUGACAUUGAUAGGAUAUCUGAUGAAUGUGCUUUCCUGAAAGAUCCUCUUAAGGGGAAGUUUAGCAAUGGGUCUUCCAGAAUGCACACAAUGUACGUAAAAUUGAUAUGAAAUUCACAUGUAGUCUCAUUGCUCUGCAUGUGAAACAGUAAAAUGUCUUGCUGUACCUUGUUUUAAAAUAUGGGAUGGCAACUAGGGGCAAAAUACAGUUGCUUCAUGUGCCGAUCUACCGUGUUUCUCCGAAAAUAAGCCAUACCCCGAAAAUAAGCCAUACCCCGAAAAUAAGCCAUAAUGAUAGGCAGUUUAACCUUGUAGGUUAAACUGUACCAUACUUUAAUAAAAAAAUAAGACACCCCCUGAAAAUAAGCCACCGUGGUUUUUUUUGAGGAAAAAUAUAAGACAGUGUCUUAUUUUGGAGAAACACAGUAGUUAGCAUCAUGCCUCAGCUCUGCACCAUACUGAAUAAUUUUUUGUUUAAAUCAUGAUUGGGUAAAAUUAUUUAAGAAAAAGCUGUUUCUUGCAUGGUAGAUUAAGUCAGCUGAGAAUCAUGAGCUUGUUAUAGCUUAGUGUUUGUACGUUUGCAAAGUCUUCAAUGAAUAGCAAUCUUCUUGUGGGUAAUGCUGAGGGAAUCUUCCCAGAAAAUCCCACAGGUUCUGGAAGACAGCAAUAGCUAGAUUAUGUAAAGCUGGUUAUUGUCGAAGACCUAAUUGAUGUAACAUAAAAACAUAAGAGUCAUGCUGGAUCAGGCCUAAGGCUUUGCUUUCCACCACCAAGUCAGGUUCAGUUGACAGGAACGCCUUUUCAGGGGCAGCUCAAUGAUUGUUGAACUCUCUUCCAAUGAAUGCUAGACUGGCCCUGCCUCUGCCAACUUUUAGGUGGGAGGUUGAGACAUUUUUGUUGCACCAGGCUUUUAAAUGUUUUAAUUUAUCUAGUUUAAUGUGCUUUUUAGUUGUAUUGAUGUUUUAUUAUAAACUGUCUUGGGGGUCUUUUUUUAAGGAUGAAAGGUAGUAUAAAAUGUUUUAUGAAAUAAAAUAGCCCACAGAAAGAAUUCUAAAUUUAUACCAGUAAUUUAGCAUAGAUUAUUCCAUAAGGUUACAGGGCACAUCUUGAGAUAUUUAGUCUAACAGAGUUUCUGACAGAUUCACAUCUACUUUUAAUUUAAUUUAUUAUAGUGUUCCAUCUUUCCAAGACCUCGAGGCAGUGUGUAUAGUUCAUUCUCAUUCUCUCUCCCCUCCCCCAAAUCACAUUGGCAGGUAGAUUAGGCUGAGAGGAAGUGGCAGGACCAAGGUCACUUGUUGAGCUUCAUGGCUGAGCAAGCAUUUUUACUGAUUCCUGUAGCUUCAUGGGAAUACAUGGUCACGUUUUGUGGAAAUGGCAUUAAUAUAAUUAUAACGUAGUAUUAUUAAAGUAACCCUACUGUUACAUUCAUGUAAAAUUCUUACUGCAAUCUAGCCAUAUACAAAUGCAUGCAUAAAUUGUGCUUUUUAAACGUUUAAAAGAGGCAGACUUGGGACGCGGGUGGCACUGUGGGUUAAACCACAGAGCCUAGGGCUUGCUGAUCAGAAGAUCGGUGGUUUGAAUAUCCGCGACGGGGUGAGCUCCCGUUGCUCGGUCCCUGCUCCUGCCAACCUAGCAGUUCGAAAGCACGUCAAAGUGCAAGUAGAUAAAUAGGAACCGCUACAGCGGGAAGGUAAACGUCGUUUCCGUGUGCUGCUCUGGUUCGCCAGAAGCGGCUUUGUCAUGCUGGCCACAUGACCUGGAAGCUGUACACCGGCUCUCUCGGCCAAUAACGCAAGAUGAGCGCCGCAACCCCAGAGUUGGUCACGACUGGAUUUUAAUGGUCAGGGUCCCUUUAAUUUCUGACUGAUGGAGUUUGAUUCUGUAGCCCUGAUGGCUGAAGUCAGUGACUCAAGUCCUUUUAAACGUGAAUGAAAGUGAAUCUGAUCCAGGACUGUCAAGUAACAUUUUAAAAGCCAACUUUUGGCCUUUGUAUUCUGUAGUAAGCCUUCUUUAUAACACUGGUGUAUCUUAAAACAAGGUUUGCAUGAUAAGUUGAGCAUUGAAAAAAGAAGACAAGGUAAAUUUCUAGACUCUGUAAAUGUUCAUUAAUUAUGAUUGCAAAGUGAAGGAAUGCGACUGGAUACCUGGAUUGUACUUUCAUUGAGAGGUCCAGGCACCUUUCAAGGAAUUCAUUGUGAACUUCUUUGAAGUCCAUUUGAAGGAAUGGUUGGAAUCCAAGCCACACAUCUAAAUGGACUUCAGAAGAGUUCACUGUAACUGCCAAUCAGCUGAUUGGCAGUUGAAGCAACUCCUUUUGACAGGUGGGCUUAAUUAUGAUGUUAAGUGAUUGACAGGUGGCAGCCUUGCCCGCUGUCAAAGUUGGCCUAUGGAGAGUGGAGGAACUCAGGAUUCAGACUUCCAGCCACUUCCAGCUCCCUGUCAUGGUGGUAACUGACAUUUUAGUUUUCAUGUACCGGUAGGUACUUAUUUUUAAUGUAUAGAUAUAGCUGUAUAGCAGAGAGUUUUGUCAUGAUAAUGGAUUUCACCCACACCUUAGGAGCUAUUUUUGGCAAUUGCAUAGUUAGAAACCUAGAAACUAGGGCCCUGGGCUGUCAUCUGUAUAUUUUAAAUGUAAUAGAACUAAGUAUACAAGGGACUUCACAUAUCUGCUCUGGAAGGAGAAUUUUCCGUAGCUUCUUUUUUUCCUUGAGCAAAGGAUACGAGUGAAAGAUGGUGGAUCGCUUGGCAAACAGUGAAGCAAAUACUAGGCGAAUAAGCAUCGUGGAAAACUGUUUUGGAGCUGCUGGUCAGCCUCUGACUAUUCCAGGCCGUGUCCUGAUUGGUGAAGGAGUACUAACAAAGCUGUGUCGGAAGAAACCAAAAGCGAGGCAGUUCUUCUUAUUCAAUGAUAUCCUUGUGUAUGGUAACAUUGUCAUCCAGAAGAAGAAAUAUAACAAACAGCACAUCAUUCCACUGGAAAACGUGACUAUUGAUUCCAUCCAGGAUGAGGGGGAUCUACGGAAUGGGUGGCUUAUUAAGACCCCGACUAAAUCUUUUGCAGUGUAUGCUGCUACUGCCACAGAGAAAUCUGAAUGGAUGAACCACAUAAAUAAAUGUGUUUCUGAUUUGCUUUCCAAAAGCGGGAAGACUCCCAGUAAUGAACACGCGGCUGUCUGGGUACCUGAUUCUGAAGCCACUGUAUGCAUGCGCUGCCAGAAAGCAAAAUUCACCCCCGUCAAUCGUCGACACCACUGCCGGAAAUGUGGAUUUGUUGUAUGUGGGCCCUGCUCUGAAAAGAGGUUUCUUAUUCCCAGUCAGUCCUCCAAGCCUGUGCGAAUCUGCGACUUCUGCUAUGACCUCCUUUCCACAGGAGAGAUGCCUACAUGUCAGCCCACAAGAUCGGACUCUUACAGUCAUCCACCGAAGCUUCCUUUAAAUGAUAUGUCAGAUGACGAUGACGACGAUGACAGCAGUGACUAAGUAAUGAAAGCGAAUGUCUUAAUAUUACAAUUGGUAUUUGAACCUGAGUUGCUGGAUGAGGAAACCUCUAGUUGCAGACUCUUCCGAGAGGCCUAACCUAGCCAUAAAAUCCGCCUGAAAAACCUUCAACUCAAUUGUGCCUCAGUAUCUGAUUCUCUUAGAUAUAUCAUUGCUCUCUUUUCUGCAGGGAUAGACUGUUGCAAAUAUAUCAUUUUUCCAGCUUUGUAUACUUGAUUUCCUAUUUAGGGGUGAGUUGAUUAUCAACCUUUCCUUCCCCUUCUUUCCCAGCGGAAGAAUAGAGAAUAAAGAACAGUUUUUGUUCUUUUCUUUUGCUACCAAGAAGCAUCCCACAGUGUGUUUGGCAGUGAUAUCCUACCACUUAUUUUUAAUAUUGGGGAGGGGGCAAUUAAACCAGCAUCGUGAAACUGGUAUUUUUGGUUAGUGAAUUGAAUAGAACAUCUAACCAGGCUUUGAAAUUGAUGCUGUGCUGUGACCCCUUUUAACAAAAAUGCAUUCUGUAACAUAAUAUUAAUUUCUAAAACUUUAUGCAAGAAGUCCUAUACCAAGCAGUGCCUUUUAAUGACUGCACUGUUGCAGGAAGAAACUAAUCCAAUGUAUCCUCUGUUGUGCAACAAACUAAGAAAUAGUUGGUGCUAUUGACAAUAACUGCUGUUGUGUAACUUGGAUCUGAGUAGUGAGGACUGUAUGUUACGGCAAUUUGUGUUGUCCGUCAGCCCCAGCCCCUCAGUACAUCUCUCCAAUAGGAUGCAUGAGGGCAGAUUAAACAUUAUUGUGGAGUUUGAUGAAUACAGCUUGAGCUCCCACACCAUGUAUACAACUACUCAACUUGGAGACCGCUAAUAAAUUUGAUAUUCUUCAAAUGGAUUUAAUAUCUAGCUAUUUUCAAAAUUGUGUGAGAUUUUUAAAAUGUUUAUAGCUAUCAGAUAUUUAUAAUUGAGAACUGUAUUUUGUCUCAGAUCAUGGUAUUUGCUGUAAUGUUUUUGAUUUGAUAUUUAUAAAAUUAAUUCCUUAGAUCUUUCGCUAACCUUUUUAAACUUUAGGAAUGGUUUUUUAAAAAUAAUAAUAAUUAGAAUGUCUUUUAAAAGCACAACAUCAUGGGAAAACAUCCCAAUCAGCCACCCGAAGAGAACUUGCAAAAAUAUCCAUCCUUUGUACACAGCUGACCUCGAGAUAGAAAAGAAAUGCAGAUGACUUCUUUUUAAAUAUAUAAAUCCAGGAAGCAGGGCAAUUAGGGCAAAAAGUGUUUCCAAUAGAGUAUUUUCUUUUUACCUUUAACAAUACUAUUUUCUACGAUGGUGUCGUUUUUAGAGAAGUGUCAGAUUUAGCUCUGUGAAGUUUUGUAAAACCCCAAUACAUAUCUCUAUUUUUAUAUAACGGUAGCGUGUUUAAUCAGUUCAUGUAAAAGUCCCCUGAUGGAAUUGUGUUGGGAAUUCAGUAGCAUCUGAGAGUUUAUAAAAAGUGUUGAACAUUGUAUGUACA